UGGACCGAAACCACCUAAAUUCCAUGUAUAAAGGGGGACGCCGCUCGUGGCACCGACCCGUCCUCGGUCGCGUUUUCGUUUCGUUCCUUAUCUUUCUUCUCCCCUCGUUACGGGUUAAGUUCAGAGGCAUCUUCGGAACUGAAGAGAACAAGUGUUCUUUAGAAGGAGACUUUCUCAGGCUCAACAGUAAAUCAUGCUAAGCAGAAUAUUUGCUGAAUCGGAUCAACAACUUAAUAUUAAUUUUGGUUAUCAAUGCUCUGUUAAACAAGAAUGUUCAAGCAAAGAGUUUCCUGCAAGCAGAAGUUCAUUUGCUUUCUUAUCAGGGGCUGCUAUAAGUGCAAAUGCAACUUUAGCUAACACCAAUAUUGGCAAUGGUUUACUUGGGAUGGGAAUUUUGCCUAAUUUGGAUUCUCCAAAAACAUUUCAUAAGGUCGCUUCUUUGACAUCAUUAUCGAGUUUGGAUGUUUUAUCAUCUUCUUCAAAGACCAACAUAACAAGUUCAAUUGGAAGCAUGUCUUCACAUGGUGAUUUCUUAGAUUCAGAUGUGGGUAUGUUCAAAUCGAUGAGUGCUCCCAUAAGUGGAGGCUUCCUGAAUGUCAUGGAAGUGCAAAUGGCAGGUGGAGCUGCUGGUGAAGACAGAGUACAAGCUGUAUGUUCGGAAGAAAAUGGAUGGCUGUUUUGUGCAAUUUUUGAUGGCUUCAAUGGGCGCGAUGCAGCUGACUUUCUAGCUGGAACUUUAUAUGAGAAUAUUGUGUUAUAUCUAAAUCUAUCGGACUCGAGAAUAAACGAUAAUGAUGUUAAGAAUUUAGGUAGUGUUUAUUCAAAUGAUUUCAUCCAGCACUUUAUAGAGGAUGAUAAUUUCCAUAAACAAACACAUCUGUUGGCUAAUGGUUUCAAUGAUCUAGGAGUUGUUCAUGACCAAGAGGAUGAAUCCUUGUCUGAUUCGUUUAGAUGUGGCAUAGUUAAUUGCCUUCAACUAGCUCUUGCACAAGCUGAAAGUGAUUUCCUGCAUAUGGUUGAACGAGAAAUGGAUGACCGACCGGAUUUAGUGUCCAUUGGAUCUUGUGUUCUGGUUGUGUUUCUUCAUGGAUCAGAUUUAUAUACACUCAGCCUAGGUGAUAGUCGAGCUAUACUGGCAACAUCUGAACAAAAGAACAUUGAUACCAAGGAUUUGGAAGCAAUUCAGCUUAUGGAAUGUCACUCAGUUGAUAACGAGAUGGAACGUAUGCGACUUCUGUCUGAGCACCCUGAUGACCCUAAGACGAUUGUACAUGGCAAGGUGAAGGGAAAACUGAGACUAACUCGUGCAUUUGGAGUAGGAUAUCUAAAAGAGAGAAAGAUGAAUGAUGCUUUGAUGGGUAUACUUCAAGUUCCAAAUCUGUGCAGCCCACCGUAUAUCUCCACAGAACCAUCUGUUAGUGUCCACAGACUGUCAGAAGGUGAUCGUUUUGUGAUAUUAGCUAGUGAUGGUCUGUUUGACUUCUUGAGCAACGACGAAGUUGUGAAGCUAGUAUCUUCUUACAUUUUAAGCUCCCCAGCUGGUGACCCAGCCAAGUUCCUAGUGGAGCAGCUUCUCUCAAAAGCCGCCAAAAUGGCAGGGUUGAGUCUAGAUGACUUGCUGAGCAUCCCUGCUGGCAUGAGAAGAAAGUACCAUGACGACGUCACAGUAAUGGUAAUUCUUCUUGGGACUGACAGUCGAACAUCAACUGCCUCUACAUAUUUAUGAAUGUCAAAAGGUUCAUGUUGCCAGAAUUAUGGAUAAGUACUCAUCUUGUUAAAUGUGGUUAAUAUUUAUUACCUUUCUUCACUUUGUAUAUAUAUCCUAUUUGUACAAAGUAAAGUUUUCCAACUUCAAAAUGAAAUUUUGGUGGCACAGUUUUCUUUAA